UGCCAUUUUCUGGCGAGGCGUGUGCUGAGGCGGUCGCAGCCUGUUCUUUUCACUUCAUCCUGCCUAAGCCUGCAACACCAACCCUGUUCCUUUUCCCCACCUGUCUGUCAGGGCCCAGGCUGCCCUGUGGCAGUGUUCAUCCUGUAGGUACUUGCUGAGGAAGACUGCGAUACAGCACUGCAGAAUGGAGAACUAUAAGAAGACCAAAAUUGUGGAGAAACCUUGUCCUCAUCCUUUCACUGACCUGCCCCCUGAUAUUAUUGAAAUGAAAGUGAAGGAUGGGAGCAAAAUCAGAAAUCUGAUGGGCUAUGCCAUCAGCAAGAUGGAGCUGGACUCGGUGAGGCAGAUCCUUUUCACUGGCUCAGGCAAGGCUGUCAGCAAGACUAUUACCUGUGUGGAAAUCAUGAAACGAAGGCUCAAAGAGCUGCACCAGAUCACCAAAGUGCUCUUCAAACAGAUCGAAGAGAUCUGGGAACCGAUUGUGCCUGAGGCAGGCCUCGAUGCCUUGACAGUGAAGAGAAACAUUCCUGCCAUAUGUGUCCUACUCAGCAAAGAUGCCCUCGAUCCUCAGGAGCCAGGAUACCAGGCUCCGGGCUCUUUUGAUGGCUUCUGGAUCAAGACCCUUAAAGCAGAGUCCCAGGGCCAAAUGAAGAGGAAGCAGGGUGGAGGCAGGGGAGCUAGCAGCACGGGAAAACACCCUCGGUCUGCUGGAGGAGCAUCUGGGGAGCCCUGUGCCAAGUCCUGAAACACUGAUGCCAUGUGUGGGUGUAGUUUGGGGGAGUUACAGAAACAAGCCAGCUGCUGUUGUAACUGGAGAGCUGCUGCGGAACGUGGGGGCUUGCAGAGUUGUUAGGGGAAGGCAGGAGAAUGUUUCAAAAUGAAUGUGAUUGUAGCUGUCUGAAACUGUGUUUUGACAAGUUCCCGUGUCAAAGGCUGCCAGGCUGUACUCCUUACCGUGCGGUUCAGGGAAGGCAGGAGUCAUCUCUGCUUGAGCAAGGACUGCUGGCAUCUGGUCAGCGAGCCCCAGUGAACGGCUCUUUGCUGAGCGGGGUUUCAGCUGCUCGGGGUGGUGCGGCAGCCCAGGUAGCAGCUGUGCCUGCCGGGUGCCUGCCUGUGUGGCCGGCGGAGGAAGCUCUUCCUGCGGUGCAGAGGGGAGAUAGGACCCCAUCCCGUGUUGCCGGAUCUCAUGGGGCUGCAUUGGCCACUGCUGUGCCUCCGAGUGCCGUCUGCUGAGCUUGUCAGGUGGUUGGAAUGUCGGACUGCGGGGAUACGACUCCGUCUGCGUGCACGUAGUGCCCUUUCAGCCCUCCCUUCACCUCGGUGGAGCUGACUGUUACACCCCUCUCUACCACAGUGUCAGGAGUCGACUUGUCACAACCAGCUUGAAAUUCUGUAGCUGCGUGAGUGCCCUGGGGUGGUAACAGUAAGCUCCAAAGGAUCCUGUUCUUUCCCCUUUCUGCUUCUUUAUAAUGCACAGAGAUGGGUUUAAAAUAAAGUUUCCUCUUCA